AUUAUUGACGUUAAUUUAAACCUUAUGAAAGAAAGUAAUGUGUUUAGUGAUUUGAAUAUUAAAAUAAGAUGUUAUUAACUUAAAUAGGCGGUAAAGAUGUUAUUAUUGACUUAAAUAGGCUGUAACAAUGUUAUUAUUGACUUGUAUGUUAAAAGACUAGUGAUCUGAUUUGAAAGAAUUCUAUUGAAAAGAUUUAUUGUAGGAAUUUAAGAGUAACUGAAGAAGAUGGUGUUAAAAUCGAAAAAGCAAAAAUGAGAUUUUUGAAAAGAUUUACCAGUGUUAAUUUUAUUUUGAUAGAAUAGAUGACUUUAAAAAGUGGAUUUAAAAGAUAUAAACUGUAGUCGUUUGAAUUGAGAUUAAGCAUGUCAAAAAAGAUAUAGGUUGUAGUAGUGAUGAACAAAGUACAUUAAGUGGAAUUGAUUUGAGGAGAUGUUACUUGUUUUUGGACGGCCUUAUGUCACCUUGGAAGACACCAAGAUAUCUGGAGAUUCCAUAGAGAACUUAGAGCUUAAUCAUUUGUCUUUUGUAGCCGUCCGAAAUAAAUCAUUUGUCCUUUUGUUUUCUUAUGAAAUAAAAUAUAAUUCUUCAUUAUGUUGUUUUACCUUUUGUUUCUUGGUGUUUUAACUUAUUAUUAUCCUAAUAUUUAUGAUUGUAGAUAAAGAUUAAAAUUGUUCUCAAUUAUUAGAUGCAGUUAGCUGGAAAGCAUAAGUCACAGGUUUCUUUACAUUCCACAUUAUUUCAGCCACUUAGAUAAAAAAAGCAAAGGAGUUUAAUGAUUCCAAACAUUUCAAUGGCAUCUUCAUCAUCAUCUUCCCAAUCUGUACCUGCUGGUAUGUGCGUUUUUGUUCAAAAUGACUGGUUUCAUCCUAAAUAUUAAAAAUUUCGCUAGUCAUACCCAGGGUUUACAACUUUCCACUCGGACCAUACCCACAGGAGUAAUUUUUGUAAGUUACCUUUUUUCUUACGGACCAUACGUGGGUUGUAUGGGUAUGGUCCAAGAGGGAAAAUGUAAACACUAGGUAUGGCUGACAUAAUUUUUAAAAUUUAGGAUGAAACCGGUCAUUUCGAACAAAACACAGGUACCAUCUCUAUAAUUUACCCCAAGUUAUUACUUAGUACUUUGUGAAUGUGAGUAUAUGCUAAUUAUGCACAUGUAUAUCCAAUGUGCAGGCAUGAAACAAAAGUCAUAAAAGAAAUUGUCGAUGCAAAUUUUGAUAGAUUGUUUCCCUCUGUUUCUUAUCUUGAUGAUGGCCUUGUUGGAAUGAGGAUACGAUUGCAAGAAAUGAUAGCACAAUUAGAAAUGGGGUCAGGUGACGUACACAUGGUUGGAAUAUGGGGGGUUGGUGGCGGUGGCAAGACUGCUCUUGCAACUUCCGUUUAUAUGGAAAUCUCUAAUCAGUUUGAGUGUAGCUGCAUUGUGGAGAAUAUUCGAGAGGAGUCAAGCAUGUUUGGAAAUGGAACUCUUCAUUGUCAGAGGUGAAAAUCACGACAAUCCUGGAAAAAAAAAAAGCAGAGUUUGGAAACGUGAUGAAAUCCAUAACAUGUGUACUCGUGGUGCAAUAGCGGAAAAUAACAAGAUUGAAGCAAUAGAAUAUAUUGAUAAUUGGGCUAAUCCACUCGGUGAUGGAUCACGCUUGUGUAUGAUUGUUUCAAACAUGAAACACUUAAGAUGGCUUAGGGUUAGAGUGAAUAUAUUUCCUGACGAGUAUGAUGGAGGGCUUAGUUUUCUUUCAAAUGAGUUAAAAUAUAUAUAUUGGAGGAAUUAUCCUGCAAGUCCCUUCCCAGACAGUUUUCAACCGGUGAAGCUAGUUGCUAUAAAAUUGCAUGGAAGCUUACAAAAAGAACUUUGGAUGGCUUACAAGUGUCUACCAAGUUUGAAAGUGCUUGAACUCCUUGAUAUGGACAACCUACUUAGCGCACCAGACUUCAGUGGACUUCCUUGUCUUCAAAAGUUUAUUCUCGAUGGCUGUUUCAGGUUAGAAGAGAUCCACCCAUCACUUGGAUAUCAUACCAGUCUUGAAUUCAUACAAGUAAAAUUUUGCUCCCAUCUUCAAAUGUUUCCCAACAAUUGUCUGCCUGCAAAAACUGAAGACUCUUAUAAUAAAGCACUGUGAUGCGAUUUUGGAGUUCCCGAAGGUC